GUACUCACACCUCGCUUCCACCUCUGAGAUAGUGGGGAGACACACAGACCUCGAUCUGAAUCCAGCUCGGCCACUGUGACCUGAGCCCUGUCUAGAGAGUCAGCCAUCAGAUCGCAGGAGCUGCUCUAGCCUGACUCACCUGAUAUGGAGAAGGUGGCUGGGACUGCCCCAUGUGAAUGCUUUGAGGCCAAUGUGCUUACCCAGAGCUGCUGUCAAAACUGCUUCCACACUGAAGAGGCCCACAGGGCAAGGCACCAGGAGCCCAGGAGCCCUUCAAGUGCUGAGGUGCCCUACUGCAACCUGCCCUGCUACCCGCCUGCCCCUGAGGAUCCACUCAGCGCCUCAACAUCCAGCUACCAGUCUGUGGUGGACCUGGGCCUCAGGUCAGGGCCCAAGAGGGACCCGUCCUCAUCAGCAGGGCUCCUUGAAGAGGGCCCAGCAGUUCACCCCAGGAGCAGGAGCUGGGAGCUCGAGGCUGUGCCCUAUCUGGAGGGCCUGACCUCCUCCCUGUGUGGCAGCUGCAACGAGGAGCCUGACUCUGACACCAGCUCCAGCCCUGACUGUGACACCCCUGAUGAUACCAGCAACUCAUCCUCUGUGGACUGUGACACUGUCGAGAGGUGGGUGGAGGCCCCCAGCCAGGACAAGCUCACCAUGAUGAUCCCGCGGAGGCCCCAGGAGGAACCAAGAGCUGACAGUGCCCAGAGAUCUCCAUCUCUCCUCACCAGGUCCCCUGCAGGAGGAGACACUGCAGGCCAGAGAAAGGAGGACACUGGCGGUGGGAGCCGGAGCUCUGGACAACACUGGGCAAAGCUCCGGGGAGAGAGUGGGUACUUCUUGGAUCGGCACCGGUCAGCACUAACCCGGGCUUCCUCUGCAACACCACAGAGUGGACCUCGAAGUGCCACCCCACAGGCUUCCUCUACCCAAAGAGAUAUUGUCCAGGAUGCUUCUACACAACGUGAUACUCCCCGAGCUUUCUCUCCCUCCCGAGACACCCAAAGGGAAAACCCCAGGACUUCAUCCACCCAACAGGGCACCCCUGGGGCCUCAUCCACACAGCGAAACACUCCCAGAGCUUUCUCUCCCUCAAGAAUCACCCAACAGGAUAACCCCAGAACCUCUUCCACCCAACAAAAUAAUCCUCAACUUUCCUCUUCCCCCAGAGCCACCCAAAAAGACAACCACAGAACCUCUUCUACCCAGCAGGACAACCCUCAAACUUCUUUUCCUACUUGCACUCCCCAACGAGAAAACCCCAAAACAUCCUGUACCCAAUGGGACAAUCCCAGAGCCUCCUCUCCCAACAGAACCACCCAAAAGGAAAUCUCCAGAACAUCUUGUGCCCAACAGAACAAUCCCAGAGGCUCCUCUCCCAACAGAACCACCCAAAGGGAAAUCUCCAGAACAUCUUGUGCCCAACAGAACAAUCCCAGAGGCUCCUCUCCCAACAGAACCACCCAAAAGGAAAUCUCCAGAACAUCUUGUGCCCAACGGGACGAUCCCAGAGGCUCCUCUCCCAACAGAACCACCCAAAGGGAAAUCUCCAGAACAUCUUGUACCCAACGGGACAAUCCCAGAGCCUCCUCUCCCAACAGAACCACCCAAAGGGAAAUCUCCAGAACAUCUUGUGCCCAACGGGACGAUCCCAGAGGCUCCUCUCCCAACAGAACCACCCUGCGGGACAAACCCAGAACUUCUUGUGCCCAACAGAACACCCCCAGAACCUCUUCUACCCAACGAGACAACUCUAAAGCCUCUUGUACGAAGUGGGAUAACCUCAGGACUAAUUAUACCCAACGGGACAACCCACACUCCUCUUCUUUUCAACCCAACAACCCCGGAACCUCCUCCCCUCAAUGCUGCACCCAAAAGGACAAUCCUGGGCCAUCAUCUCCCCACCGCUCCACUCAACGGAACAAUCCCAGGAAUCUCUCUCCCCAUCGUACGAACAAAGACAUCCCCUGGGCCUCCUUUCCCCUCCGGCCAACUCAGAGCGAUGGCCGCCGAACCUCCUCACCAUCUCGCUCCAAGAAAAGUGAGGUUCCCUGGGUUUCCAUUGCCCUCCGGCCAACCCAAGGUGACAGGUCUCAGACCUCAUCUCCUACUAGACCAGCCCACUCCUCUUCUGGUCCCACCCAGCAUAGCUUGCCAUCCCGGGCCACCUCUUCUCCCCAUAACCUGGGCCACCCCAGUGCCUCCCAGACAUCCUCGCCUCUGUACCCUGCUCCCCGGGGUGCUCCCCAGACCCCUGCUGAGCCCUCCCAGCCUCCCUGUGCUGUGUGUAUUGGGCACCGGGAUGCCCCUCGAGCCUCUUCGCCUCCUCGCUAUUUGCAGCACGACCCCUUCCCCUUCUUCCCAGACCACACUGCAUCCGAGAGUGAAUCACCCCACCAUGACCCCCCCUACAUACCACCUGCCGUGUGCAUUGGACACCGGGAUGCCCCCCGGGCAUCCUCGCCCCCCCGCCACAGCCAGCUCGACCCCUUCCCUUUCCUCCCAGACCCAUCAGAUCCCCAAGAAUCAGAGAAUCAGUCCCCCCAGCAUGACUCUCCCCAGUUCCCCCCACCCGUGUGUAUCGGGUACCGUGAUGCACCCCGGGCCUCCUCCCCACCGCGCCAGGCACCAGAGCCCUUCCUCUUAUUCCAGGAUCUUCCUAGGGCCAGCACCGAGAGCCUUGUCCCUUCCAUGGACUCUCUGCACGAGCCCCCCCACAUCCCUACCCCUGUGUGCAUUGGGCACCGGGAUGCACCCUCCUUCUCAUCCCCACCACGCCAAGCCCCUGAACCCUCCCUCUUCUUCCAGGACCCCCCUGGGACUAGUAUGGAGAGCCUGGCUCCCUCCACUGACUCUCUGCAUGGCUCCCCAGUGCUGCCCCCCCAAGUGUGCAUUGGGCACCGGGAUGCACCUCGAGCCUCCUCCCCACCCCGCCACCCACCCAGUGACCUAGCGCUCCUGGCACCCUCACCAACGCCAGGCAGCUCAGGGGGCUCCCGGGGUUCAGCGCCCGCUGGGGAGACCAGGCACAACUUGGAGAGGGAGGAAUACACCAUGCUGGCCGACCUGCCCCCACCCAGGAGGCUGGCCCAGCAGGAGGCUGGCAACAGCAGCCGCACCCGCAGCCCUGGCCGCGCAGAGGUGGAGCGCCUUUUCGGGCAGGAGCGCAGGAAGUCCGAGGCACCGGGGGUCUUCCAGGCCCAGGAUGAGGGACGGUCAAAGCGGCCCAGCCAAGAUCAGAGCCAACUUCUCCGAAGGCAGUCCAGCCCUGCCCCCAGCAGGCAGGUGACCAAGCCCCCUGCUGAGCAGGCAGAACCCGCCCGGCGGAGCCGAGCAGAGCCCCCUCAUCCCAGGAGUCCUGAGAGGCGAGCUGAGGGGGACCAGUGGCAUAAGGGGUCCUCACUACCCUCCAGGACAUCAGCCAAGACACCUGAGAGGAAGCCACGGAGAGACAGACCUCUGGAGAGUGGCCAAACGGGUCCAAGAGAGCCUCUGGCGGGGUGGCAGAGUCAGGGUCUGGGGGAGCCGCGAGGGUCCCAGGGUCCCCACAAACACCUGGAGAGGAGCUGGAGCAUCCAGGAGGAGGGUCUGAGCCCUGGGCACUCUCAAGGACCUGGGGAGCCCAGCGUGGGGGCUGCCAGUGCCCUGGAGGGAACAUGGGAGGGCCCUCCCAGGGAGUACAGGGUGGGCUGGGGGCAGUCAGAGGCCUGGGAGGAGCCCCUGGAGAAGCCAGCCCAGAGCGGCUGGAGCAGUCUGCCAGAGCUGUCCUGUCCCCAUCAGCCCAUGAAGCCCCCAGAGAACUCCUGGGUAGGCCCCACAGCACUCUUGCAGUCCUGGCCACCUGACACACCCACUGCCAUGAGCUGGGGGGCUGAGGGAGUGUGCCCACACCCACAUGGCCCUGAGAGGAGAUUCGAACUUGACUGGAGGGAAUUGUUGGGCCUUCUCUGGGCACCAGGAGAGGGGGCCUGGGCCCAGCUCCCAAGGCUGGACUGGGAAGGCCUCCUAGAGCUCCUGCAGGCCCGGCUGCCCCACAAGGACCCAGCCAAGGCUUCAGGGCCAGAGCUGGGUUCACUGGACACAAAGGGUGCUCUGGAGCCAAAGCAACACAGCCAUCCUGAAGGCUGGGCCGAGGUCACCCUGGCCAAUGGACACAGUCCUGGGCAAAGACCCCAGAGCCCAGCCCAGCCACCCAGCCCUGCCUGCACCUCUACCCAGUGGCCAAAGACCAAAGUGACAAGCGGACCAGAGACCUCAACUAUGGCUGGUCUGCAGCAGAUGGGCCAGCCAGAGAGCAGGAGCCCUGCAGAGGGCCCUGGUUCAUCAGAGCUGGAGUUCCAACCAGAGGAGCCUGAGGAGUCAGAACCAAGCAGAGGCCAAGACUCACUAACUGACCAGAAGCAGGCAGACUCGGCAGACAAGAGGCCAGCAGAGGGCAAGGCUGAGAGCCCACUCAAGGGCCGACUCGUGACCACAUGGCGGAUGCCCGGGGACCGGCCCACGCUGUUCAAUCCGUACCUGCUGUCUCUGGGGGUCCUCAGGUGGCAAAGGCCCGAUCUGCUCAACUUCAAGAAGGGAUGGAUGUCAAUCUUGGACGAACCUGGAGAGUGGAAGAAGCACUGGUUUGUGCUGACCGAUUCCAGCCUCAAAUACUACAGAGACUCUACCGCUGAGGAGGCAGAUGAGCUGGAUGGCGAAAUCGACCUGCGUUCCUGCACGGAUGUCACUGAGUUCGCAGUACAGCGCAACUAUGGCUUCCAGAUCCACACCAAGGAUGCUGUCUAUACCUUGUCGGCCAUGACCUCAGGCAUCCGGCGGAACUGGAUCGAGGCUCUGAGGAAAACUGUGCGUCCAACUUCAGCCCCAGAUGUCACCAAGCUCUCAGACUGCAACAAGGAGAACACGCUGCACAGCUACAGCACCCAGAAGGGCUCCCAGAAGAUGGGGGAGCAGCGGGUGGGCUCUGAGGUCAUCGGCCGCGGUGGCCCUCGGAAGGCAGAUGGGCAGCGGCAGUCCCUGGACUAUGUGGAGCUCUCCCCGCUGACUCAGGGCUCCCCGCAGCGGGCCCGCACACCAGCCCGCACUUCUGAACGUCUGGCCAAGCAGGGGGAGCUGGAGCGGGACCUGGCCCAGCGCUCUGAGGAGCGGCGCAAGUGGUUCGAGGCCACGGACAGCAGGACCCCAGAGACGUCCACUGGUGAGGGGCUGCGCCGGGGCCUGGGCGCCCCCCUGACCGAGGACCAGCAGAGACGGCUCAGUGAGGAGAUUGAGAAGAAGUGGCAGGAGCUGGAGAAGCUGCCCCUGCGGGAGAAUAAGCGGGUGCCGCUCACUGCCCUGCUCAAUCAAAGCCGUGGGGAACACCAGGGGCCCCCAAGUAACAGCCAAGAGGCACUGGAGAAGGAGGUCCAGUCUCUUCGCUCCCAGCUGGAGGCGUGGCGUCUCCAAGGGGAGGCUCCUCAGAAUGCACCUAGAUCCCAGGAGGACAGCCACAUUCCCCCGGGCUACAUCUCACAGGAGGCAUGCGAGCGCAGCCUGGCGGAGAUGGAGUCCUCGCACCAGCAGGUGAUGGGGGAGCUACAGCGGCACCACGAUCGGGAGCUUCAGCGGCUGCAGCAGGAGAAGGAGAGGCUCCUGGCCGAGGAGACGGCGGCCACAGCCGCAGCCAUUGAAGCCAUGAAGAAGGCCUACCAGGAAGAGCUGAGCCGGCAGCUGAGCAAAACACGGAGUCUCCAGCAGGGUCCUGAUGACCUCCGGAAGCAGCACCAGUCAGAUGUGGAGGCGCUGAAGCGGGAGCUGCAGGUGCUGUCAGAGCAGUACUCACAGAAGUGCCUGGAGAUUGGGGCCCUGACACGGCAGGCAGAGGAGCGCGAGCAUACGCUGCAGUGCUGCCAGCAGGAGGGCCAGGAGCUGCUGCGCCACAACCAGGAGCUGCAUGCCCGCCUGUCAGAGGAGAUUGACCGGCUGCGCAGCUUUGUCACCUCGCAGGGCACGGGCAACGGCUGUGGGCGCAGCAGCGAGCGAAGCUCCUGUGAGCUGGAGGUGCUGCUGCGAGUGAAGGAAAAUGAGCUCCAGUACCUGAAAAAGGAGGUGCAGUGCCUCCGGGAUGAGCUCCAGAUGAUGCAGAAGGACAAGUGCUUCGCCUCGGGAAAGUACCAGGAUGUUUAUGUGGAGCUGAACCACAUCAAGACACGGUCAGAGCGGGAGAUUGAGCAGCUGAAGGAGCACCUGCGCCUCGCUAUGGCCGCCCUGCACGAGAAGGAGUCAAUGCACAACAGCCUGGCCGAGUAGAGGUCCUGGUGGUCCAGCCCAGCUGCAGACCCUCCAGCCCAAGGGGACCAGUCACCCUCCUUCCCUGCUGGAUGGAAGUCAGAAGCCAAGCCUUCUCCCCACCCUCUGUGGGCCACAUGUGCACCCACAUUCCUCCCCCCCCACACACACACGCGCGCACACACACACUCUGCGUAUCUGAGCGCGCCCCUCGCACUGGGUCUUAUCUUGCACCUUCUUCAGGAUUUUAUAUGUGAAGAGAUUUUUAUAUAGUUUUUUUUUUCCUUUUUUUUUUUCUUUUCAAAUACACUUUGUACAUUUUAAAAUGCAAUUUCUGGUGGCCGUGUGCCUCCAACACUGGCUCCCCCUCU